CCUGAUUGCAAUACGAUUAUGACGUCAUCGUUAGUGCUGCUGGCAGAAUACUAGUAGCGCAUUUGAUGACUGUUUGGCCUCUUCUUUUUCCGUUAGUGAAUUAAGGCUUUUUUCCCCUCUGAAAUCUCUGUAGUUCUGUGUGUUUUGUUCGGGUCCUGUUGCUGCCAUGCCUGCCAAGAAGGCUCCUAAGAGACCUGCAGAAAAAAAACAGGAAAUAAAGGAUACUAAGAAAGUUAAAAUUUCUCACAGCAGCCAUGGGAAGGAGAAGGGCAUGGUGCUGGUCCUGGGACAAGGGGACGUAGGACAGCUGGGUCUGGGAGAGGAUGUCAUGGAGAGGAAGAGGCCGGCCUUGGUUACCCUACCAGAGGGCAUCGUGCAGGUGGCGGCGGGGGGCAUGCACACAGUCUGCCUCAGUGACACUGGAAAUAUCUACACAUUUGGCUGUAAUGAUGAGGGUGCUCUUGGUCGCGACACUACCGUGGAGGGUUCUGAGACUGUGCCUGGAAAGGUGGCCCUGGGCGACAGGGUGGUCCAGGUGUCUGCUGGGGACAGUCACACAGCUGCGCUCACAGAUGAUGGCUCCGUCUACAUCUGGGGCUCUUUCCGGGAUAACAGCGGAGUCAUUGGUCUUCUAGAACCUAUGAAGAAGGUUACCUUGCCUGUCAAGAUCCCCCUGAAAGAACAUGUUACAAAAGUAGUGUCUGGUAAUGACCAUUUGGUAAUGCUGACUGCAAUUGGUGACCUUUACACAUCCGGCUGCGGAGAGCAAGGGCAGCUGGGAAGGGUACCAGAGUUCUUUGCCAAUCGAGGGGGCAGGAAAGGACUUUUACGGUUGUUGAUACCACAGAUGGUCAAGGUCCAGUCUAGAGGCAAGGUUCACUUUACAGACGCAUUCUGUGGGGCCUAUAUGACCUUUGCGGUGUCAGGAGAAGGCCACGUCUACGGAUUUGGGCUGUCAAACUAUCAUCAGCUUGGAACCAAAGAAAUAACCACCUGCUUCGUUCCAAUUAAACUUACAUGCUUUAAAAACUCCACCAUUAAAUGGAUGAGCUUCGCAGGGGGACAGCAUCAUACAGUUUGUCUUGACUGUGAUGGGAAGGUAUACAGUUUGGGCCGGGCGGAGUAUGGCCGUUUGGGUCUCGGCCAGGGUGCAGAAGAGAAGAGCGAGCCCACACCAGUCGAAGGUCUGGACGGAGCCCAGGCAGUGGCGUGUGGGGCGUCUGUCAGCUACGCUAUUACCAAAAAAGGGUCUGUCUAUGCCUGGGGCAUGGGUACUAACCUGCAACUUGGCACGGGUGAGGAAGACGACGAGUGGAGCCCUGUAAAGAUGAUGGGCAAGCAGCUGGAGAAGCGCAUAGUACUGAUGGUGGCCAGUGGAGGGCAGCACACAGUCCUGCUUGUUAAAGACGAGCAGGAGAGCUGAUGUCCUCAGGCAUGGGGUGACCUAUUGGUGUGUGCGUGAGGGGUCGGUGUUAGAUGCCUACAUGUAGGGGAGGGGUUUGUGGCCAAAUGUGACUUCCGGUGCUGAGCCAGGCUAGCCCUUGAAGUUGGUAAAGUGGCCGAGGUGCGACUUCGUCAUCCCCGUUAAAGAGGACUCUGGUCUCCCAAUCAGCGCCAGUGGAAUCCUGUAAUGUAUUUCGAUGUGUUUCAGUAGAUCAUGAUGAAUAAGCGAGAAACUAUAUAUUUUUUUUAAUCUACUUUGUGCUUAUUUUUCUUUCUUAAAUUCUUUUUAAUGAGAAUCUUUAGUAUGCCUGUCAGGGAUGCCAGUCAUUGUGUGUGUAUGUUUGCAAGGAAAAUUAGUGACAAGCCUUUUAAUUAGUCACAGCUCAUUCUUGUUACAAGCAAUACAACUCCCACGCCAACAUCAUUAAUAAGUAAUACUACUACUUGUUGAUGAUGGCAUUUGAGAAAUAUGGCCUUAGGUGUCUUGAAACUGUAGUAGAGACAGCUGUUCACUGUACCCCCUUGCACAAGUUUUUGCCUGUCCAAUUUGGAAAUAAAGUAGAAUUUUAUACUGA